AUGGCAAAGGCAUAUACUCUACAACAAUUUGAAGAGUUAAUGGGAAGGGUGGACCAAAUAGAUAAGAGAGUUAGGGGGUAUUUAUUUGAAAUUGGCUACCACAAAUGGGCAAGGGUUCAUUCUACUGUCAAACGGACUUGGACGAUGACAUCAAACAUAGCGGAAUCCAUCAAUAACACCAACAGAAUAGCUAGAAGAUUACCCGUGGUUUCAACAAUGGAUUUUAUGAGGUUAAUGGUUGAAUCAUGGAAUGCAAAACAGCAUGAGGAGGCAACAAACACGUUAACAGAGUUGACAGUCAAAUAUAAUGAUACUUUGACAAAUAAUCAUUUGCUUUCUCAGAGAAUGAUG